CACCUGUGCCGUAGCAGGUUAAGGAAAUACCACCCUGCCUUUUUUAGGUUACACUGGCUCUUAAUUUAGUUUAGUCUCUGUUAUCUUGUUUUUCUGAUGUUCAGUAGUGUUGCAGUUACAGUUAAUAUAUACCAUCCAGAGAGUGGAUAUGUUGUGCUAUAUUUCCAGGAUCCAUAUUUUCGCCAGUCUUGCAAGUCUUUUGGUCUUUUUGGGGGGCAUCUACAUCUACUUAGGACAUAGCACCCCAUCCUCCAGCAUUUGCCCGGACAAUGGCUGGAGGAUCGGAGACCCAACAAUGCAAACUGGCAUUUGCAAUUGCUGGAGGAUCGGAGAACUAACAAUGCAAACUGGACUGAAAUAUGCUCAGCCAAGCACACAGAAUGGACGCACUGAUGUGAACUCAGUGACGAACUGGAAUGCUCCUCUGGUUUGGGAGGGAACCUUUGAUCCAGUGGUUAUCGAUGCAAUCUAUAAGAAAAUGGACCCAAGAGUUGCUGUGGUGGUGUUUGCUGUUGGCAAAUACACACGUUUCCUGAAGGGGUUCCUGGAGUCAGGUGAAAAGUAUUUUCUUGUUGACUUCAGGGUCACUUACUACAUCUUCACAGACCAUGAACAAGAUGUUCCCAAAAUUAAACUGGGUAAGGGCCGGAACAUUUCAGUUGUGACCAUCCCUAGUGCCAAACGCUGGCAGGAAGUAGUACUUGGCAGGAUGAAAUGGACCACCAUCACAAUUGAAGAACAGAUCCGUAAUGAAUCGGACUAUCUUUAUAUGAUGGACAUAGACAGUGUGUUCCACAGCCGUUUUGGAGCGGAGUCUCUCAGUCAACUGUCGGCUGUGCUUCACCGAGGCUACUACAAGAACAGACCAAGGGAUCAGUUCCCGUAUGAGCGUCGGCCUAAAUCCAAGGCCUAUAUUCCUAUUGAUGAAGGAGACUAUUAUUACACUGCUGCUGUCUGGGGUGGAUACCUGGAGGACAUGUACAAGCUUGUCAAAUACUGUUACACACAAUCGGAGGAGGAUGCCAAGAAUGGGAUUGAGGCUGUGUGGCAGGAAGAGAGUCACCUCAACAAGUACCUGCUGUACAACAAACCAACCAAGGUGCUGUCUCCAGAGUACUUGUGGUCAGAUUAUGAUAGCAUACCAGAAGACAUUAAAGUUGUCAGAAUCUCCCAGUUGGUCAAGAACUAUGCAGAAGUGCGGCCCAAUGGUGGACGUUGAUUCAAGUUGCUGAUAUUCAGG